GUACCCAAGCAAGAAAGAGGUGCACCAAACGAGGCAACUACCAAAGCGACAAAUCCCAACCGUCCAAACAACCUUUGAUGAUGCCGUCAAACAGUCUCCCAUUUCCAUUUCUCUCUCUCUAGACCCUGAAAUUCGUCCAGAAAUUACUUUUGUGGGUAAGAAAAAUCUGAUGCUAAAUAGUUGAAUUUUUAAACAUAGUUUCGUGGCGUGAAUCUUUGAGUUAUGGGAGAAGCAGCUGCGGCAAAUAAAGGGGGAGGUUUGAAUGGAUUCUCUCCGGUUUCUUCUGCUCCUGUUUUUUGGAAAUCUAGGAAAAGAUUAAGUGGUACUGUGAAGAACACGAACGAGACACUCGAUGGUUCGAGUGGUGACAAAACCCCGGAGAAACAGCCUGAGUCACCAGCAGAGGACAUGCAGCUAGAACUGAACAGCGUCUCAGUCCUCUCAGAGAAACGCAAGGCUCUAUUCGAACCGCUGGAUCCGGUGAUCAACUCAAACGGGAAACGCCCUUCUGCAGAAACCCUACUCCCACCUCCCGACUUUGAAUCAGCUAGCUAUCCGAAGGGGUGGCUGAUUGGGAAGAAGCGGAAGCUGGUGAACGUGGACGUUGUGGAGAGCAUGCGGAGAAUCGCAGUGCAGGAGAUGAACCGGAAGGACAGGGAGAUUGAUGGGCUGAACGAGCAGUUGGAAGAGGACGCUCGAUGCCUGGAGCACCUGCAGCUGCAGCUGCUCGAUGAACGGAGCAAACGAGCAGACGUGGAGAGACAAAACGCGAUGCUGCAGAGCCAGAUAACGAUGCUGAUGGACGUGCUGCAGGAGAAUGAAGCUGUGGAGGAUGAAGGGACACAGGGAGACUCAUAAAUUUUAUUUUAUUUUAUUUUAUUUUACUUGACAUUAUAUAUAUAUGUGGUUUGUUCUUUUGUAUAUGUUUGAAGAAAAAAUAUAAGACUGAAGAGAGAUGAGAUAUUUGUCAA